AUGCCUCGCCCCUAUAAGAAGAGCAAGGGUGAUGUGGGGGCAGCCAAGUACAGCACCCCAUGCAAGUUCUUCCUGCGCGGCAGCUGCUCCAAUCAGCGCUGCCCUUACCUACACGUCCGAAACCAGACGGUGAUACGGUCGGUCAGCCAUAAGGAGGUUGCUGCUCAGCAGGGGAACGGCACCGUGAAGGUGAUGUCGACGAUGCUAAAACUGUUUUUCGAGAAGCAGACGCAGCUCAUCUACAACGCGGAGACUGGGAUGCUGAAUCUCUCACAGCUCACGUCUUUUGACGACUUGUCCACUGUCGCCUCCAGCAUCAACUUUAAUACGCGCACCUUUUGUGUCGCGCUGUGCACGUGCAUUCGCGAGCUGGUCUCGCCGCCGCCAACGAUUCUGCAGCUUGACCACAAUGACGUGAAAGGCUUCCACAACCUCGGCAAGGCCCUCGAGGAGGCGGGCCUUCAUGCCUCUUUGCGUGCCCUGUCACUUGCGCACAACAAGAUCACGUCCAUCGACAUUGCACAGGAGCUGAGGCACUUUGCACAACUGGCCGAGGUGAACCUCGUCGGCAACCCCGUCACGGAGAGUGCCGACUACAAGCUGAAGUUCAAAAAGCAUUUGCCGUGGCUACAAGGUCUCGACGGGGCGAGUAUGGCGGCCCCGCCGCUGGAGCUGCCGUGGCCGCGAUUCUUUGACCCCAAGCACGCGCCAAUCGGCGUGAUGAACGCCGAUCACGGCUCCUCCUCCGGCGUGCGUGUAUACGACAGCAGGCAGAAAGCCCUGUUGAGCUUCAUUCAGUCGGCGGUGCUCAACCCGCUUGAGAUGGAGCCGGCCCCAGGCCUGCUGACCGGCGUGGAUGCCGUGUCGGACGUCUACGCGCCCAACGCUACCUUUACCUUUAGCCUCGUGUCCAAUGAGGCCGCUGUAUCGACGCCAAGUCGAACAGCUGGCGGCGGCGCCUCCCCAGCGCAGCGCGAUGUGGUGCGCGAAAUCGUGGGCUUCCGCAUGCGCCAGACGGAGAGCAACCACAAUGUGCUCCUCGGCCUCAAGUCAACGACCGUGGCAAUCGGUCGAACAAGCGUGUGCGCCAAGCUAGAGCACGUGCUGUAUCCGAAGAACUUUGCUGUGGGUCACUACAUCCACGACAGUCCAGAUGUGGCGGUGCUGGAGAACAAAGGGUUCGGCCCCAACGCUGUUGUGGGCAUGAAGCAGCCGCUCUCUGUCAUUACCCUCCACGGCGUGAUGCUUUGGCGCUACCGCACCGCCGGGUCAGACGCCGACGUGCAUCACAGCACCCUCGUGCGCGAUGCCAUCGUCAUAAAGCGCAACUUCUCGCGUGUGAUCACGGUGUCUUCGACGGACCCGGGCCGCUGGCACAUCGUAAAUGAGAUGGUCACUCUCUACCCCUUCCGCGGCGGCAGCGGCGAUGAAGACGAGUUGGAGGCGGCGAAUGCUGCGAGCGGUGGCGCAGGCGUGAGCACCGCUCCCUUGACGCCAGAGAAUAUUCUCUUCCGUGAUGUGCAUCCGUAUGACGUGCUCUUUAGCCCUGCCACAGACCCGAAGCGGGCUGCGCGGAUUGCGCGACGGUACCGCGUGCCCGCCCCCAUUGUGGCCAUUCUGUGCUCAUUCGUGCACUCGGACAGGGAGUUGGGCGUCAUCUUGAUGGACUUGACGGACAUUCCGUUGGAGGUGUACGAACAGUGCGCCACGGUCGUCGAGAUGGACCCGCUCGCGAGCAUUUUUCUGUGCCGCAUCGGCAACCGUUUUAACAUGGAGCCGGGGGAGGGGGUCGCGCUGCUGCGAGAAUGCGGUCUUGACUGGUCUGCCAUUGCGCAGGCGAUUGGCCGGUGA